ACAAUUGGACAACGAAAGUGCAGCAAUAGGGACCUAUUUGCUAUUAGACAUUUGAUUGGUCAAGCUUUCUAUGCAAGUACGCUUACAAGGCAGACUAAAUGCACCUUUAGAAUUAUAUGUUGAAUUUUCCGUAGACUUUUGAAAUGCACUAUAGGCAACAGGAAAUACCAAAUCGUGACUGUCGGGUUGCUUUCUGGUUGUAGAUCUAUGGAUUUCAUUUAAAUCCGCUUUAAAUUCUUUAUUCGACCGUUGCCGACGGUUGUUGAAUACGUAUAUUUUGAUGAUAUUGUUGGAUGUCUCUAUGUUUUAAAUGUAAACUACGUAUUGUGAAAUAGUUUUUAGUAUAAGAACGAAAAAAUGAAGAAAGCCAAAACGAAGAACGUUGAAACUCGAAGAAUUGCAUAUUCAUUGUCCGGCAAUACAAAAAGCAUAGCAACACAGACUGAAGAUUUUGAUAAUGUUAUCGAAAUUGCCAAAUUACAAGAGCAAAUGAAACUUUUACAACUGGAAAAUGAUUGUUUAAGAAGACAUAUGAAGACAUCUGAUAAUAAGAAGCUGGACAAUUUGCAACAAAAAUCAUUUUGCCCUACAACACAGUUAAUACCCAAAAUCAAUACAGAGAUAUCUAGUUGUGGUUGUAAAGGAAAUUGUUCUUCAAGAUGUGGUUGUGUGAAAAAGAAUAAUAAAUGUAAUCCAUCAUGUAAAUGUGAUGAUAAGAUAUGUCAAAAUCAGAAAUUGAAACACAAUCAUGAAAACAAAGAAAAUAUUGAUGGAAAUGAUAUAAAAACCUAUAAAGAGCAAGGUGCAAAGAAAAAUGAAGCUAUGGAGAUAAUUGUGAAUAGUAAGGGCUUAUUUAAUUCAGAUAUAGAAAAUAUAUAUAAUGACAAUAAAAAAAAAGAGAAAUACAAACAUAUUCAAGAGAAGUGUACUAAUAAUAUCCAUCCUAGUUUUACUAAUGUGGAGAACAUAAGGAUACAAAACUUGCAAACAGAUUUAGAUUGUACAAAUACUGUAACACUUAGGAGGAAAAGAAAAGAGAAGAAACAAAAUAAUGAUGAAAAACCACAUUUAAUCGGGAAAGUAGAUGAGAAUGCAGUAACAAAUGAUACAGAAGUUAUAGCUAACAUUAUUUCUUGUGAAAGCAAUAAUUCUGAAGAUUUGGUAAUAUUUGAUCCAAUGAAACCAAGACAUCAGUUAUCACGGACACCACCAAACAGUAAGAAAUGUGCAGAUGAAAAAUUAAAGAUUAAUGACUCAAUUCAGUCUCAAUCAUAUAACGACUCAAUUAAAGAAAUGACAGUUAUAACUUCUAACAUUCAAGAUAUUGUAGAAGAAGAAGAAGUCGAUUGGGAGCAACACACUGCACAAUUAAUUCCUUGUAAACAAUGCAAAAGAACUUUUAUGCCACACCGGAUCCAGAAACAUGAAGCUUGUUGUAAAAGAAUUUAAAUAUUGUUUCAAAAUAAUUUUUUAUCAUUAAUUUCAUAAAUUCAUUUUAAUUUGAACUUUGA